ACGGUUGCUGCCACUACAACAGCGCCACCAUCGGUAUCGUCGCCAUUGGCAAAACCCUUUCGCAAGAUUUACGCGCCCGGCAUCCGGGGCGAGUCCGUGAUUCUUGUAUGGACACAACGAUGGAGGAUUGGAUGCAGGGAUUGGUAAGAAGGUUACGUUAUUGCCGAGCUUCACGGCCCAUAGAGCAACAGAUCGCGGCAAUAACUUGGCAGAAGGAGACAGUCAGUAGUAACGCAGCUUACCUUUGCGGCAGGGAAAUGGCGGAAUGGUGCGCUUGCAACUGCGAGAUUCAACGAGGAGAGGGAAGAUGGAACGGCUAUCGCGUUUGCAUCGUGGCCACUAAACGAACGACUCUAUUUUGCAUCGUUGAAAGGGCUCGAACUGUUAGAAACUCUUUUUUUUUUAUGCAGCGACGAUAGCGAGGAAUGGGCGCUGCUUGUUCUCGAUUCCUUUUUUUUUUUUUUUCUUUCUAGAAAGUAUGUCGA